CGUCGUUUCCGGUGACGUCACGCUCGCACCUGCGCAGCCAUCUUGUGUUUUACGCGAGAAAAAAAGGGAGAGAAACAAAAACAGAAAAAUAAACCCCAGGAAGGAAGGUGAGCUACGACUGUAGUCCUUAUGAAAAAGCCGAACUGAAAGGAACUACCUUCGGAGAAGAAAAAAUAAGAAGGAAGAGGGCGAGUCCAUCAGUCAGCCUGCUGUCGGAGCCAAGCACCGUUUAGUUUGCUUUUAGCGGAGACCGAAAGAACGAGGAAGAGCCGACAGGAAGAGCGCAGCCGGCCAGUCGCACCAUGAAUCCCGAAUAUGACUACCUGUUCAAGCUGCUCCUGAUUGGUGACUCUGGUGUGGGCAAAUCCUGCCUUCUACUGCGAUUUGCUGAUGACACUUACACCGAGAGCUACAUCAGCACUAUAGGGGUGGACUUCAAGAUCCGCACCAUCGAGCUGGAUGGCAAGACCAUCAAGCUACAGAUUUGGGACACCGCUGGGCAGGAGAGGUUCCGCACCAUCACUUCCAGUUACUACAGAGGAGCUCAUGGGAUCAUCGUCGUUUAUGACGUGACGGAUCAGGAGUCGUAUAACAACGUGAAGCAGUGGCUGCAGGAGAUCGAUCGCUAUGCCAGCGAGAACGUCAACAAGCUGCUUGUGGGCAACAAGUGUGACCUCACCAACAAGAAAGUGGUGGACUACACAACGGCCAAGGAGUUCGCCGACUCGCUGGCCAUUCCAUUCCUGGAGACCAGUGCGAAAAACGCCACCAACGUGGAGCAGGCCUUCAUGACCAUGGCAGCAGAGAUCAAGAAGCGAAUGGGUCCCGGGGCCACCGCUGGGGGAGACAAGCCAAACCUGAAGAUCGAGAGCACCCCGGUGCGGCCGGCCGGCGGAGGUUGCUGUUAGGACCCCUCCGUGCUGAAGUACCCCCUCCCCACGUUCUGCCCCCUCCGCUCACUCCCUGACCCCCUGCAGGAGUGGGAAGGGGGCUGGGUGAAGCUGGGAUUGGGGUCUCGCAAGGAGAGGCAGGAGGAGCAGAGGAGCUGGGAGAGAGAGAGGAGAUGUUUCAGAACUUGGGACUAACCUGUGAUCUUCACUGUAAACCCUGACAAAAAUGAAAAAAAAAAAAAAUAGAGCUGGGGAGAUGUGAGCUCUCUCCCCCCCCCAUCACGCACACGCACACACAUACACAGGAGGAAGAGGAGGAGGAGGGGCGGGCUCAGCUGGGGGUUGGGGGGACUGCGGGGUAGAGAUGCAAUAUGAUAUCAGUUCUGGUUCUAGCUUACCCAUUAAACUGGACCACAGGCAUAUGAACACACACAUUCACACAUCAGACAGACGCUCAAACACUAGGCAGGUGUGCUGGAGGGGGCUACCGCUGGAGGGGGCUACCGCUGGAGGGGGCUACCGCUGGAGGGGGCUACCGUUCACAGGGAUCUGCUUUGAUGUAGCGACGGCUUCGUUCAGCCCUGGAAAACCAGCCGUUUCCUGCAGGUUAACUUUGUUCUUUGCUAAAUAAAGAGCAGUCUGACCCCCUCCCCCUCUCCCAGCGCAUCGCAGCUCUCUGGCUGGUGGGUGUGAACAGUGGCUCUCUAUUGCCUGCUUUCCUGUAGUGAAUUUCCUUUCUGGUGAGGCACUGAUGGGGAGAAUUGGGGGGGGGGGGCUUGGCGAGGGCCCUGGUGCUUUUGAAGGACAUACCAUGCACUCACAUAUGUGUACGUUCACGUCACACACGCCGUCACACACGCCGUCACACACGCCGUCACACACGCCGUCACCCCUGUGAUGUGUUAGGUGGCGGCGGACUGACGGGCUUCAGAGCGGCUGCCCUGCAUGGCAGGCGGGGGGGCAGAGUGGCAAUGAGCGAUGUUUCCUCAUCUUGUCAUUUUUAUUAUAAUGUAUUUGCGGUUUUACUACUUUUUGUUUAGUUCUCUAGCCCAGCCUGUGUGUACUGACGCUGCUUCGCUGUCGCUUUGAGUUCCUCUUUCUUCCCCAUCCAUCCGCUCGCAUCCCCCUCAUAAAUGCCGCUUUCUGACCUCGGGGUCUCCCCUGCCCCGGCACAUGGGCGUUUUCACGCCCGCAUGCGGGGAGGCCUUCCCGCUUGGCGUGAGAGCGUCGCACGUUUGCUGCCAAACCUCUGCUGUGAGCCCGAUGUCUCAGAUCUUCGCCAUGCGUCGCUUACGAGCCCUGUUUUUGUCCCGAGUUUAAGAAGCAGGCGUCCUUCAAGUGUGUGGAAAAGGCAUCAUUCAGCUUGAGGGAUGUUCCCUUGAAACGAGCUUUUGAUCAUUUCAGUUGGAAAUACAUAUGUCACUCUGUUAUAAGUGCUAUUAAUCUACUAAUCUAAUUAUGCCUAACUUGCUGGUAGAUGCAUCCUUAACGGCGACGAACCCUCGCUUCUCCCCAUUGUUUUAUUUAUGUUACUGCUCCCCCCAGCUGUGGGUUGUCUGAGGAGUCGUAAACACAUCUUGUCUGUAUAAUGUUUUUGCCGCUUGUUGUCUGCCCCGGCUCCGUACUCUUCCGCUGUGGGCGAGGUGCCCCAGCCUGUGUCUUCAUUAAAAGUACGGCUGUCCCUACACUUUCUCUGUCGCUCGGAUUUAUGGCGUAGAAUCUCGGCUUAGCGAAGCAGCGGUUUAGGUGGAGUGAAAACCUGGAGGAGGUUGAAUGGAGUCCACUUCUGAAGCGGGGGUGUGGAAUGAAGGAUGUGGUCGACGAGGGCGGGGUCACAUUGAUGCCUAAACUUUACUGCAGUUUAUAUCCUGCCUGCUCACCAAACGGUUACCCUGCGGGCGAGCGUUGCGCUCACGUGGCCGGGGCACGGUGUGUCCACGUGCGAAGCCGUAGGCUGAGGGAAGGUAGUUGGUUUGUCUCCAAAUGUUAGGUCUUGUUUGCUGUGGGUGAUAAAGAAAUGUUUCUGACUGAAAUGUCACCUGGGGCUUUGGAGCUGUUUCAGUGGUAAUAAAAUCUAUUAUUAUUCCUCUUGUUAA